AUGGAUGCACGUGAGAUGUUUGGAGAGCAUGAGAGAAGCAAAAGAGUUGCUCGAGCCGCAGCCGUGAGUAACUCCAGUGCAUCCAGAGCUCAAUUUACGCACAGCUAAACCAUGAACCAAUUCUUUUAAAACACAGCAUGCAGACAUAAGUUUUGCUGGAAAAUAAGAGUUUUUUAUUACAACAGUGUCGGGUUUCCGAGGUGAUCGUAUUCUACCCGAAACGUACGAAUUGAGGAAAAAGCAAAAACAACCAAGAAAUAUUUCGAGACCAAAUCUUUAUUACAAGAAUCAUUCUUUCAUUUUUUCAUUCUACUCAGAAGCGAAGUAGCUACAUGCUCAUUGUUGUUAUGGAUGCACGGCGGUGCGUACAUAUGAAUUUUUACCAAGAUAGCUGCUUAGGAAUUAGGCAGGACUUGCGCGGGCGCAGUGUCAUAACACCAAAUGUCACUGCCUUUAGGAUCGCUUAUCAUAAGUUGUUGCAUUUAAGGCAUACUUAGAUAAUAAAAUAACGCUUAAAACUUAUCUUGAACCUGUCCUCUAGUUUCAACACAGCUCGACUAGCCAAACUCCGCUUUGGCUCAACAUCAGUCUCUGUUUACUGCCACAUGGGGAAUUUUGGGUGUGGUGAUGGGGUAUGGACAACUGUCAUGAAGAUUGACGGCAACAAGGUAGGAUAGAUCGUCACAUCUCUUGCUGAUGAGCAUUACUCAUUACCUAGUGGGGAAAAAAGAGGAAAAACAGGGGUGAUCACCUUACAAAAGAGGCCUCUAUUUCACAUUGCUGCUCUCUCUUGCCUCCAAAUGAUUUUGAUUUAUAUUAAGACGAAUUCUAACUCUAACUUUGUAAUUAAUUUAUUCAGGCCACAUUUAAAUACUACUCGAGCUAUUGGUCAGAUAAAAAUCAAUACAACACUGCCGGAGGAGAGACUGGAUUUGACUCAGAAGAAACCAAAUUGCAUACCUACUGGGACACAUCCUUCAACAAGAUCUGUCUCGGUAUGAAAGUUGGCGGCCAGAUGCGAUUUGUUGCCCUCAACAAGCAGGCUACUUCUCUGCACUCCCUGAUCGCUGAUGGACAUUACCGCGCCACCUCAUUGGGUCGUUCCACCUGGAAGGCACUUAUUGGCUCGGAAGCCUCGUUACAGACAAACUGCAACAAGGAAGGAUUCAAUGCAGGCGGAUGUUAUGGUGAUGGUUGCGCUUUAGUAAGGAUCGGUAUCGUUUCAAAUGAGCAAAAUGACUGUGAUUCAUGUGAUUCCAGGAUUGGAUUUGGCGGUGCCGGGAGCCCUGAUGAUAGUAUUACUUGUGGAAAUGGUGCAGGAUCCUAUCCAGAUAACGGUGACAAGCUCAUUAAAACCAUGGGUUACAUCUUAGUGCAGUGAGAACCCCAUUAAAUUUUUUUCCGAUUGGAGAAAUAAUGUUUAUACACUGGAGUGCAGAAUUUGUGAUGCCGAGUCUUGCGGAAUCUGAUUUCUUUUGGAAAACUUUGUGAGGAAAGAGUAAUUUUGUAUUUUCAACUAAGUUUAUAACGUAAAUUGGGCACCGUAAAGAGUUUAAAAGCUGACGUUUCGCCAUUUUUCAGAGCCGUUUGACGAAGGGUUUACGAAAGGCUAACGCUCGAAACGUCAGCUUUUAAAUUCUUUACCGUGGCCAAUUUACGUUAUCAACUUAGUUAAUAAAAACUAAAUUACCUUGGUAUACUCUCCCACCGACGUAGCAACACAGUUUCUUUAGAAACUUACCUCCUUUAUUUGUAAAAAGAGUAACAGCGAAUUCGAGAGUGUAUACUACAGGCAGCAUACAAUUUAUAUAUUCGCAGUUUUCACAAAGCCUAUUGUAACCCUAACAAUGAUUAAGUUUAAUUGAUUUUCCUUGAAAAACUAUAUUCUUUGAGGGACUUAUUCUCUAUUAACGUUCUUUGAUUGUCAAGCUUUAAGGCUGAUGUUAUACGAUAAAUGAGUGAUGAAUGCCUCUUCCACAUACCUUGAAAUCUGAAGUAUAAAAUAAAUCGUGAUCUUCACAAUAGUUGGGACAUACAUGUACAUACGACCUGUCUCUCCCUUGGAAACUGUCUAUUCCAUGAAGUUUUAUCUUAAGCAUCUCUUUGUAUAAACUUCAACAAUGUAAGCGAGGAAUUAAUGAAUGAAAAUAAAAGGAUCGACAAUCUCCGAAUAAAAAUCGUAAAGUGUGUUGGCACACUCAAGAUAAAAACAUGCUUUGAAUUACUACAAAAACAAUAGUAAUCCUUGUAUAACACCGUGGUUUUUACAACAAAAUAAUUUGACGAACUCAACAAGCAAUUCGCAGUUGUUGGUAGGUGAUUUUUGGUACUUUAUCUUGAAUGUCAACGAAAAUCAUGGCUUUUUGAGAUAAACUGUAAUAAACACAUGGUACGCAUAGUAAUGAUGAAAAUUCCAAAUUUUUGUUCGAUGAUAAGCCAACAGGGGCAGACUGCUGGACUGUCUUUUAGUUAAAAGAGAAAACUCAUUUGAAUCUAAACAACGUCACAUAAGUUUUCAAAUUAUUUUACCAAACACUUAGGAAAUUCCGUUUUGCGUGCUUUAUACUUACAGGAUGACAAAAUCAAUUAGGAUAGGUUUCAUAGAAGUUAUUACUGGCUGCUGAAAUCAAUUGUAAUGAUAAUAUUUAUGGCUUCAUGCAAACAAAAAGGAUAAACCCCCCGCCUACUUGGUUUUCACCCACUUUGGAUAAUUUAUUUAUCUGACCAGAAUUGAUUUUAUUUUUGGUGAACUGACAAGGAACAUGUACAAAGUUAUGAUGAAGAAAAAAUUUAGCUGUUGGCCUUAAAAAUUCAGGUUGAAGGAUUACAAAAGGCGUGCACUGCGUAACUUACGAUGUUCUGAUAUAUCAUAAGCUAUGUUGUCUUUUGCUAGUAGCUUACUGAUUUUCCACGGACUCUCUUCCAUAAUUCCUGCGGCAACCUGUGUUAAAGGUAAUUCUUGUUUUCCACUGCUUCCACUGUUGUAAAUUACAUCUCUUUUACGACUAUUCUUUAUUCAAAUUUUCAUUUAGGCAUUUUGUCAGCAAUAUUCAAAACGAUCUCAGGCUUGUUUGGCAAGGUAGCAUAAUUAUUAUCAAAACAUCCAAAGUUUGAUUAACAGAUUUAAUAUUCCUAGUGCAUUAUCGAAUGUCUCACUAAAAUAUUCUCCUAUGAAUUAUGACACAGAGAAAAGAUAGCCAACGAAAUUUUUUUGAAAAAACAAGCCCACCUUACAUAUACACUUUACAUAUUUCAAUAUUUUUUGUAAUUUCGAGUAUGAAAAAAGACAUUUUCCGCGGAGUAACGUUGGUAAAAACGUGCCAAUCUCUAAAUAUUAUCAAUAAAAGGUGAGAAGUUGUACUAGUAAACCGAAAAUGUUAUCUCAACAAUUGGAAAAUUAUGCCCUGGAGGUCUUGCCUUUUGUUUUGAGAGAGGCAAUUAAGUUGCCUUCGGUUAUUCCAAAAAAGGGUGUAUUUUGACGUGGCUAAGGAAGUGAUAACAAAAGCUGGUAGGAAGAAAAGCAUAUAAAAUGCUAUAGUAUUUAAGAGAUGUUUCUCCAGAAAUCCAAAACUUUCCAACCUGUAAAUCGACAGUAAACAUUCGGUAAUUGAAUUUUGGGAUAUGUUUGUAUGGAUAUCACACUGAGUCCAAAAUGUGUAUAACUUCUUCAUUCAAUUCGGAAGUGUAAUGGUGGGGGAGAGCGAGGAGGGGCUUGAUCUCAACACGGUGUAAUAACACAUACAGAUUUCAUAUCUAUUCCCUUUUGUUUGCGGGUAGCUGUGACGUAUGCAUCCUAUGCAUUCGUGAAAAACCAGUUCCAUUACCUGGAUGCUCCCAGCAUUGAGAUGUUUAUGGUGACUGAUGUGUUUGACUGCACGUUUGAAUGUCUUCGUCUCCCGUCAUGUGUUUCUGUAAAUGUGGCGAGCAAUAAAGAAGCCCCUGGAAAUAUUUUUUGCGAGUUGCUGUCUUCUGACAAAUACCAAAAGUCUCAGAAGUUUACAGGAAACAAGACUUCGCAUCACUUAUUUAAAAAGGUAAAGGUUUCAGAAAAACUAGCUGAAAGAAGCCAAAUCUUAACAACGAUUGCAUGCGCAACUAUCAGUGCGUUACUCAAAAAAAAAUACUGUUUUUUUUUUAUCCUUGAUUGUUAAGAUUUCAACUGAAACAACAGCCUUUAAAACAAAUAGACUAACGAAACAAAUUAAAAGUGAACCAACAAUAUAAAAAGAACACAACGAAACUCAACGAAACAAAACGACUGAAUGUUUAACGCUAGACGUACUCAGCUUUUUCUGCCAGACAGCAAGGAGAAGCUAUAAAAAAUUUUAGCGUUUUCAGUUUCCAAUUUAGAGCCUGUUUUUAUGGAUUUAAGGGUAAACUAAUGCGUCUAUAAGGGAGUAAUUCGUCGAUCUGUAUUAUAUUUUAUUACAUCUUGAUCACGUUUACAUGAUAGGUACAUGGGGUACCCGCUUUGGCGGGUUGCCUGGUCUGCCAGGCUGCCAGUCUGGUCACCCUGUCAGCUGAGGUCAUAUUUGUCAUGUAAACGUCUCAAGGUGGGGUAAUCCGUCUAACUGGGGUCACGUUGAUGUUACAAUCAAAACCUCGCCAACAACUUUUUGAAACUUCGUCACGGAAUCCCGGAGUUGUAAGAUUGUAAGUAACACGGGUUAAUUCCCAAGCACUCACCUAAAUGGGGUCCCCCAACUCCAUUUAUAUAGGCUCUUAGUUGAGUUGCUUCACCAGUAAAAAGCACAUACGUUUAAAACAUAAUCAAACAUUCGCAUCUCAAGAGGCAAUUCAUCUAUGCCAAGUUCAAACGUGAUCACCGUAAUCUGUUAUUAUUUUUCAGUCGCAAUGCAUUUCCACGCCGUGUCAAAACGGAGGUACAUGUUUGGCAAACUAUCAGGACGAAACAUUCACAUGUCAUUGUAAAGACGACUUCAUUGGAAAACAUUGUGAAAACGGUAAUGAUUUACAACGAUGAUCUUGCCUAGUGUUUGUUUAUUAUUAUUAUUAUCAUUUUUUUUUUGCACUACAUUUUUUAGGGAGGGGGGAUGAGUCUUUUCUUUCAAUUUUGUUCCCUCGCCAAAUGCAAUUUUAACUGUUAUUUAAUCUAUUUAUUAUUAUUAUUAUUAUUAUUAUUAUUAUUAUUAUUAUUUGUUAGUUAAUCUAUUCCUAUGGAUAUUGUAUAUAAACCUAUUGGUAAUAUUACAUGUACAUUGGUGCUCAGACAUAAAUAUCCUGGUGUGUUGCAAACGAAAUGAGCGAGUACCAUAUAAUUAUCAAACCAAGAAGAAACAAUAAAUUCAUAUCUGCAAACAGAAACGUCAUGAUUUUAUUUAAAUCAAAUGAAUAUUUUAAACAAGUUUUGUAAAGAAUAAAUGCACGUGAAAAGUCAAUGGACAUACUUAUGAUAUUCCAGAAAACUAAAAAACUUGAAGGUAUCUUCUCGUAAUAAAUCUCAUUUUGUUGAAAUUUAAUGUAAAAUCUUCAUGUGGAUAAAAUCAGUUAACAUGACAAAAUCGCUCUCUUAAUCAAUACCAUUCUAAUGAACACACAUUAGUUUGGGUAUGAUGGCCCAUACAUUACAGCGUUGCACAGAGUCUGGUUAGUUACCGCAUAUAUUAGUUUUUUUCUUUCUUUUUUUGUUUUUUCUAAUUUGUUUUUUCGCUUUCCUAAUGUUACGUUUUCAAUUUCAGGUGCAACGUCUUGCAAACAAUUAUUUGAGGCAUACAAGUGAGUCUAAGGAUGCCGUUAUUUUUCUUUUACCUCGCCUGAAAAAUAUAUUUUAUUUUGCCAUGUAGAACACCAGCUGCCUCUAUUGGGUCUUAAGAAAUAGCACUGAAUCGUCUAUGUUGGUAGUUAGCAUGACAAUUUGUUGAUAACGUCCAUACGAAGCCAAAACCAGAGUUGUAUUUUUAUAAUAAAAUUGUUAAUUGUUUAACGCUAUACUUUCCCAACUUAAAAUAUAUUAGCAUGCAACUAAUCUUGUAACUGUCUACCAGCUUCAACUCAACUCGAGUGGCCACACUCCGCUUUGGCUUAACAUCAGUCUCUGUUUACUGUCAUAUGGGAGGUUUUGGAUGUGGUGAUGGGGUGUGGACAACUGUCAUGAAGAUUGAUGGCAGCAAGGUAACUUAAGAGGAAGAUCAUUUAUACUUUUAACAUAAACAUCAGCACCUAGGAGAAAUACAAUUCAAACAGCUUUAACGAAGGCUUUUGCUUUUAUUCCUUUGAAACCCUAUUCUGUAUCUGCAGGAAAAAUUUUACAAUGACCCUUCGUUUAUUCAUUCAUUAUCCAUUUUUUUAUCAUCAUCAUUUUCUACAGGAAGUUUAAGUCAGAUCAGUUUCUCACAAGCGUAAUUUCUUAGCAGUGUGUAGGUGUCACUAACUUAAAUUACUCAAACUACAAUAAUUAAUCUCGGCGCUACCUCCUCCAGAGAGGAGCUCACUCAAUUUAUAACCGCCGUCAAUUCCUUUCAUCCGGCUCUUAAAUAUACCUGGGAAAUUUCCGACACUUCUUUGGCUUUUCUAGACAUCAAAAUUUCAAUUGAAGGCAACGGUUUAUGCAUUCUGUUUACUACAAACCUACAGAUGCACAUUGUUACUUGUUGUAUUCAUCUUCACAGCCAUCACUCGUCAAGAACUCCAUACCCUUUUCACAGUUUCUCAGACUUCAUCGUUUAUGUGGUGACGACUCUGAUUUUUCCGAAAAAUCAGAGACAAUGUGCCAGUUUUUCGAUAAACGUGGCUAUCCUGUUUCUGUCGUUCAAGCGGGCCACCACUGUGCCCAACAAAUUGACCGACAGUUAGCACUACAAACGGCUGAGAAGGAAAACACUGACCGCAUUCCGUUUACUCUUACAUUUCACCCUCACAACCACGCAGUUAAAUCUAUCAUUCUUAAAAAAUUUAAAUUACUCCAAAAAGAUUCAGAGACUGGCACUAUCUUUUCGCAACCCCACUUAUUUCAUUCAAACGUGACAAAAACAUAAGCAACUUUUUUAGUUAGGAGUUCAUUUCAAACCAAUGACUUUCAAAUGCACUCGCUCACUAUGCAAAACUUGUUCCAUUAUUCAUAACAUAGAGAAAAUAUGGCCUUUCCUUACAUCUAGGGAGUUCGGAAAACCGCAAAACACCAGAAUAAAAAUUUAUUUUCCAAAUCGGCACCCUUAAUCCCCACGGAAUCAACGAGCGCUUUUCAUUCAACUAAUUUAUUCCUGUUUUCUCGUCACCAUAUUCCACCAAUGGCGUAGCUCCACUGUCUGCAUCUAAACCCACACACAACCCACAAUUCCUCCAAUCGCUCCGACGAAGGGCUAACGCUCGAAACGUCAGCUUUUUUACCCUUUACGGUGGUUAAUUUACGUUUUCAACUCAGUUGUUAACACUGAAUUACCUGUUAUACUCUCCCACCGACGUAGCACCACAGUUUCUUUAGAAACUUACCCCCUUUCUACAAUAAUUAAUGUUUUGAAACCAUUCAUACACAAGUGCGUCACUCUUGUUUGUUUUUCUUAUGGACAUCAUUGUAAGAAGUUUUUGAAAUGUGAAUCAGCCAUCUCAGAAUAGAACUGUUCAGUAACAUCCCGCAAGCGACAUAGAGAUCAGUAGAUGUUAAAGCAGCAUUUUCAUGCAUGAAACCUAAAAAUUUUAUCCACCUGAUACCUCAGUGUUGUUUUAAAUAUAUUUGUUAUAAUCAGAGCACCUUCCACUACGACUCAGUCUACUGGGGAAAUACAGAUGCAUACAAUCCUCCUGGAGGAGCGACAGCUUUUGACACGCUUGAGACAAAGAUACCGACGUACUGGAACACACCCUUCACUAAGAUCUGUCUCGGUAUGAAAACUGCUCGACACAUAAACUUCGUCAUUAUCAACAAGGAGGCCAACUCUUUGUAUUCACUGAUCGCUGACGGUAGUUAUCGCUCCACUUCAUUGGGUCGAGACGCAUGGAAGUCUCUGAUUGGAUCCCAAGGAUCUCUCCAGUCUUACUGUAAUAAAGAAGGCUUCAAUACAGUAUGCGGCAACGCCUGUAGAGCCAGAAUCGGUGUUGUCUCUAACAACGAAAACGCCUGCACAACCUGCGACUCUAGAAUUGGGUUUGGUGGAGGAGGACGCCCCGAAAACUCCAAUACGUGUGGAAACGCAAAUAAUGACAUACUAGCUAUGUGUUACAUCUUAGUGCAGUAACUUAAACAUCUUUCCACCUUAGUAACGACAAACCCUUUCAUCAAAGGGAACUAAGUAUUAUAUUUGCAUUUCCUGAGGAAGUACUUAAUACCAUUUUAUGUUACCAAUGCUUAGUCCAUCCUCAGCACGUCAGCAGUGAGGGUUCAUAAAGUCAAUAUUCACAACGGAAAUGAUAACCUUAAGUCUUGAGACAGCUAAUGAUAUUUAAUGUUCUUUUACCUCACAACUAUAAAUAGCAACAACCUUGUUUCUGAUUUUAAUGCAUUCCUUGUAAUUUUGUAUUAUGGUUUUUGUUUUUGCUUUCGUUUUUGUUUUUGUUUGUUUGUUUGUUUUUUUAAAUUCAUUUCAGCCCCUGGACGUCAGUCCGCUUUAGAUGAGAUAGAAGUAAAGCUUUGUCGUUAGUAAAAAAGGAAGGGGUAGGGGUUACUUUUGGCCCGGCAUUUCUGUAGGUCACAAACAUUAUUAAUACGAAAGAAUGAAUAUUAUUUGUUAUCAUCUAUUUUCUCUCCUUUUCUUUCCUAUUUUUAAUGGAUGUUAUAUCACCGAGUUAAUGUCAUUAAAACCUAACCUCAGCAAAAAAUUAAGGAAGGUUCAAACUAUAUGAAUAUAGCUGAAAUAUAUCUAUGCGUUAUAUGGACGUGAAAGAUAAACCUAAAAGCAAAGUAUGAUACAGAAAUGAUGAGACAGGGCCACUGCACUGCUUGAUUCUUGAAGAAUGUAACAAGCGUCUGUCACUUUUUGCAAAUCUUAAGGCCUCAUACACUUAGAAAGCAAAAUUUUACCUGGUUAUCCAAUUGUUUCCUCUCUCAGGCUUGUACAAUAAGCUGCUAAAAAGUCACGAAAGAACAAUUUCAUUAGAGCAAAAAAAUACUCACCCUGUUCUCUCUUACAAGCCAUAAGACCAUUAAACAUUUAAGAAGUGAAAUGGUGGGAUAAUAAACUAAUAUUUAUAGGAAAUAUGCAGUAAAAAUAUUUUAAGGAGUUGAUAACAAUUUAGAGAUCAAUGAGGAAAAAUAUCAGGAACACCAGGCUCGAUCCUGGUCGAGUUACAACAGGUACUAUAUCCGCGGUAAAAUAUGAAGAUGUGUUUAAGAAGCUGAAGUCUCAUUUUUAGCAGCCCAAUUUGUUAGAAAAAGAUCACAAAUUGCUGAUGAAUAAUUUGACAUAAAAUUUUUUUGCCACCAAUUUCAAUGAAACAUAUAACAAACGUGUGGGGGCUACUAUCCACCAAACAUUACGCGUUUUAAUAAAGGUUUAACACUUCACUGAUAUGUUUGGUCAAACUUAGUCUUUCCGUGCAUCAUGUCAAAACACAUUUCCAUCACAAGUAUGCUAUAGUGUUGUUUAGACAUUUCCAAAGAAACCAUGAGAGUUUAUUUUUAGUUGGCAAUCACUUCCUUUAUUUUGUAAGGCGAGACAAGAUGCUGGUCACGACCAGAACAUUGGCGUUAUAAAACACGGCUUGCGUGACAUCACAUUUAAUUUUCUCAUGUUGCAUUCGGUUUCGCUCCUACGAAGGGAAAUCAUUGAGGACACCUGCCGAAUUGGUGGUCCAAAACGUUAGCGCACUGCGUUUUCAGGCAAAGUCAGUUGUUCGAAGGGCUGGAGAAUAUCGGUGGAAUUUCGAACCGUUUACUUAUGAGCACGAUGAUGCAAAAGCGAUUCCACACCUAAUGAACAACACGAAUUUUCGAAAGAAACAAAUAGUGAGCUGACGAUAAAGGGAGAAGCAUUUAAAUAUGUUUUGUAUCGCUACUUACUCAGUUUUUACCCUUAUGCUGUCUGAAAUAAUGCCAGGAGUAACAUGCGAAAGAGGUAAGGAUUACAUUUAUUGUUUUCAAUUUACUCAGUUCUGAAAUAUUCCUUCAUUGAAAAGGGAAAAGGAGAAAAGGAGUGAAUGAUGGAGUGAGACAUACUGUUGUUAAAAAUGUCAUGCCUCACUCUAAUUUUUUUUUCAAUUACUGCUAACACUGGAUUAUGGAUUGUAUCAGCCCUCUCAAUUUCAACGAAGAAGUACAGCAAAUCUUACUCUUUCAUUAUUAAAGUUGUCUCUAAGACGUUUUCCAUUACAAUUAUGGCACUAACCGGACCCCCCGUUAUGAAAUUAAUAUCAUUGCUCGAUAAAUGUUGCUAUACGCAAGAGACCUAAGAACAGGACAACCACGAAACAAUUUGGCUGAAAAUUUAACCUUAAGAAAAAUGCAAAAUCAAAGUUAUCUUUAUCCUCUUCACUUCAACUUAGUUGCGGGGAAAAGCAAACCGACCAAAUUCAUGGAUAUUUUAUGCAGAAUAUCCCUUUGAAAUAUUCAUGUGUGUUUUAAAAUUUGAAGAGUGUGGUAAAUUGCAUUAGUGUUUUAUUAGAGUAAAAAGGAAGACAGUUCUAGAAAGUGCUUAGCAUUGAUAUUCUGGGGAAUGUAUCUCUAUGCGAGCUUUCUCGGAAGAAAUUACAAAGGUGAAAUGCUUUGAUUCAACCUCGAGUAAAAAGGUCACAACUCAUGCCAGUAAACUCAUGACCUACUUUUCUUUGUAGGACUAAAUCUAAUGAUAACUCUUUUGAAUAAUUAUCUAUGGGAUGCCUACCUCCAGCGAUUGUUUAAAACUAAAUUGAGUUCUUGUUUUGCGUCAUCUAGUGAUCUAGAAUUUGCUAAGACAAAACAAAUUUUUCUUAUUUUUAUUUUAUGAAAACGUGUAACCAAUUUCUAGUUUCUUUCUCAAAGUUAGUCAUAGCUUUGAUUAAUAGAUAACAGGACUUGGCGUCGUCCAAUUCUGUCUGUAAUCAUACGAGUGAUUAGAAAGGUCAUACAUUAACAACCAAAGGUACUUUGACCUUAUACGAACAGCCUCGUAGGUUAAUUUAAGUUUCAGCAGAUAGGCUUCUCUUUCAUUGAAAACUAUAAAUAAACGUUGGUUUAGUUAAUAAUUAGUUAGAUGAUUGAAUGGGAGUUGGAAGGAAAGAAAAUCGAAAGGAAAGGACGAAAGGACGAACGGACGAACGGACGAAAACGGUGCAUGGUUGAAUGGAUGUGAGGAACCCCUCAUAAACGCUACUAGUGUCCUUAUUUCUAUAUUCUAUUUAGUCAAAGAUAAAUGAUAUUGAAUUUAAUUUAUCUUAUAGUUGUUACAAAUAUUUCCCAUGCUUUCAUGAAAAACGAGCUUCAUCACCUGAGUGUUCCUUCGAGCCGGACGUUUUUGGCGACAGACGUCUUUGACUGCACUAGUCAAUGUCUUCUUCUUCCUUCAUGCGUCUCUGUUAACCUAGCGCGGAACACAGUAGCCGACGGGAAGUACUGGUGCGAAUUACUGUCAUCUGAUAAAUACUUAAACUCUCAAGAUUUUAAAGGAAACCUGACGUUUCAUCAUCUAUUCAAAAAGGUAACUCGACUUUGAAAACGAAGAGCGAACUGCUUUUCAAGAUAGGCUUUGUAUUAAACGAAAUGAAUCACAUGUCAGACUGAUUUUAAAAUGAGUCCUUUAAUUAAAUGAUAAUCAAUUAGCAGCUGAUCGUUCUUCGCAUAGUUCAGAGAAAAGCUUUAGCAUAAUAUAGUGCCGCUGAGUUUUCUGAUUUUUUGACGGCAGUUUUUGUUGCAUCAUCUCUUAGAUUUUGUGCAUAGAUGGCCAAAAAUUAAAUUAAAAAAAUUCACUUGCGAUCAUUUUAUCCUAUUUUCGUUGUCAGUCAAAUUGUAUCUUCACGCCGUGUCAAAAUGGAGGAACUUGUGUGGCAAAGUAUCAGGACGACACCUUUAA